AUGGCCAAGAAGGGUGGUGGCCCGCCGCGCUCUGGCAAAAAGGGCAAGCAGGGGACCGCGAGAAGAGGCAAGACAUCAAAGGCUAAGGCUCGCGCCAAAGCGAAGCCGAAUAAGUCAGCGAAGCUAAGGAGCGGAGCCAAAAAGGCUGCAAAGGGAAGCGGGAAGGGCAAAGCCAAAGCUUCGCUUGAUAAAAAGGAUGCAAAGGCAGAAGGGAAGGGAGUAAAGCGAAAAGCCAGAGAAGAACCUGACCAGCAGGAGGACAAGAAGGGCAAGAAGGCUCUUACUCCAAAAAGGAAGCGCAAGCUGGAGGUCACGAAUCUCUACAGCGAAUUGAUCAAUCCGGGGAGGACACGGAAAGCGGAGAUCAUCAUCAACGACAUUCUUGAAAUCAUCCGAAAGCGCUCAUCAAACAAGCUGGCUCAGUACUGCUCUACCAACGUUGGUGCGCGUGUCAUAGAGGCCUGCCUGAAAUGGGGCACUAGGCAGCAGAGGCGUGACUUGCUGACGCACUUCAAGGAAACUCUGCCGAAGAUGGCGCAGGACCGGUACGGGCACCAGGUGGUGUUAAAACUGCUGCUCUAUUCCUCAAAGACUUCCACAGCAAGGAAGCCUACUGAGGAGGAGAGAAAGGCUCAGUUGAAGAACCUGCGAGAAAUUCUGGACCAAUUUUCUGGUAAGAAUCUGCACGCGACUUUCUACCAUCGGUUUGGCUGCAAAGUCAUCAACGGCAUCUACUUCUCCAAAGCUGUCAGGCCUGUCGACAAAAGGAGGAUCCUUCACGCAAUAGCCAUUCCGCAGGCGGUUGCACUUCUGCGGCCUGAGUUGCCAAGCAGUAAGCCGCUGCGACAGCUACUGCAUGCCGAGGACCUGACAGAACAACACAAGAGAGACAUUGCGCAUCAUUUGGAAGAAGCUGUGGAGAAGGCCAUCGAAAAGGAGCUGUUGGGCUACGACAUCGUGCACUUGCUCUUCCAGGCAGUCUGUGAAGUGGCUUCCGAUGCGCAGCUCACGCAGCUGGCCGAACAGUGCAUGGAUGGUGCGGCUUAUUUGCUCUCCUCGAAGCCUGGUGCAGAGGCUUUGCUGAGGCUUCUCGGCGUCGCCAAUGCCAAGCAAAGAAAGACGUUCUGCAGGGAUGUGAAAGGCAAGUUCGCCGCCUUGGCCAUGAAUUCAGUGGAUUAUGUGGUCAUGAUUCGCUUGGCCACAACGGUGGAUGACACCGUGAUGCUCUCAAAGACUAUGCUGGCCGAAUGGAUCAAGGACAUGACGGAUCUUUGUUUCGACAAAUACGGUCACAAAGUUCUCGCCUGGAUUCUGCGGCCCAACGACACGCACUUGUUUUCUCCGUAUGAGUGCCAGUGUGCCGCACUGCCAUCUCCCACCUCGCACAAGGCUCCUGAGACUCGCCGGCAGGAGCUGCUGCGGACACUAAAGCCUGCGCUUGGCAAGGCCUUGGUCAGGGCUCCUCUGAAGGCUGCUGGUGACAAGCACGCCAAGGAGCUCCUUGCUGCUUACCUGGCAGCUGACUGGGAUGCCCAGCUUGUGGAUGCCCUCUUGGCAUCUGCAGAGAAGGAGGCCGCCGGCAAGGAUCUGGGCCUUCUGAAUGAUGGCACGGUGAUCAACACCUUCCUGGUUUUGAUGAAGCUCGACCCUGACAAGGGGGCGAAAAUGGCGCAGCCCCUGUGGGAACGGUGCUUGAAGUCCCACAUAGCUGCGGCUGCAUCCAGCCGCUGCUCCUUUCUGCUUCUGGCCAUGCUGAAGAGUGGUGACUCGCUUAAGGAGUCGGUUCUCUCGGCUGUGAGGGCACAGAAGAAGAACAUCGAGAAGGCCGUGGCUGAUGCGGAGGCAUCCGGUCUUCAAGUCACCGGAGCUCGUAAGCUCCUGGCGGAGGUCUAG